AUGGCGGUAGCUGGCAAAGCUUUGGGCAAGCACCAGAGUCGGUCGGCCAGCUGGUCGACGUUCAGUGUUUUUCUCAGAGGGAAGUUCGAACUCGAAAUUCGUGUCUUCCAAACUCCCGAGCCGAUCUUGGACUCACUACCCGGAACGCCCGAAAAAAUCUCCCCGUCGUCGCCACCAGCACCCGGUCGACCGACUGACACGCAAGGCUCAUUGCUCUACGAGACCGUCUGCCCCAGGGCUUUCGUCUCACCGCGCAGGUGGCCAGACCAUCGACCGGCCGGCCGGCCGAAAGGCGCAGUUGAACGCAGCGACGACUGCGGUAAAGUGAUGAUCCGCGGCGUCGCCACUGUCCUUGGGAGGGCUCGUUUGUACGAGGAGGAGGUAGGCGUAGGCGACGAGCGAAGUUGA